CCUGGCAGCUUCCAACGUUACGUCGACAACAACAGCAACAACAAAAAGAGGAGAGUUUUCGUGAUAACAGAGGCUCACCUUUGGAUCUUUCCCACGUGUACUAUUGCCUGAAAGCCAGGCAUCUCUUUCUAGAAGGUCUCGAACAACCUAACCCACCCAGAAGACAUCGUUCUUUCGGCUCUAAGCGAGACGGUAUUCUGAUCUGAAUAGUGUGACCCUUCGCAAGAAUAUUUGGAACAGACAGGAUAAUUAUUCUGAAGCUCUAGCGAGCUCUUAUAAACCUAAAAGAGACCCAGAAACCGACAAGAGAUACAAAAAAACAACAACCAACCGACGGCAAGAGAUUCAGAAUUUUAAAAAAUAAUUAAAAAACGACGGCAAGAGAUUCAGAAAACCGAAAAGGCAUCCAGGAAACCGACCAGAGAUUCAAGAACUGGCUCGACAUAGAGAGGCCGACAAAGUAAAAUAUUAUUGACACUGUAACUGUGAGGAUUUGCCAACACAAUGACCGGACGAGGAGGUUCCUAUGACCUGUGGACACCAGACCACAGAGCUCGCCUCCCUCCCUCGGACUACCCUCCGGCCUACGACAACAAUGCCCCCAGACAUGACGUCAGCGAUGGAGCAGACCACAAGGGGUCAGAGCGAGGGGUCAGGGUGGCCACGGAGGACGAGGUACCGGACAGGGGUCAGUGGGGCAACAAGAUGGAGUUCAUUCUCUCCUGUGUCGGCCUCUCGGUCGGUCUGGGGAAUGUCUGGAGAUUCCCUUUUCUCGCCUACAAAAAUGGCGGAGCUGCCUUCCUGAUCGCCUACCUCAUUCUGCAGUUGCUAAUUGGCAAACCUAUGUACUUCAUGGAGCUGGUCAUGGGCCAGUUUUCGGCCAAAGGUCCGACCAAAGUGUGGGAGAUGAACCCUUCGGCUAAAGGAAAGAGGUCACUCAAAAGUCCCAAGGAGUCGAGCCAGAGAACAUGGGCGAACCACUGUGGAAGUUAACCCUUUGUCUCCUGCUCUCCUGGAUUGUCGUCAUCUUCUGUCUCAUCAAAGGCAUUAAAAGUUCGGGAAAGGUGGUCUACUUCACCGCUACCUUCCCGUACGUGAUCCUCAUCAUCCUGCUCAUCCGCGGGUCCUUGCUGGACGGAGCCAUCGACGGUGUGGAGUUCUUUAUCGUGCCGGAGUGGGACAAACUCACGGAUAUUUCGGUGUGGGUGGACGCUGCAGGACAGAUGUUCUUCUCCUUGUCCGUCUCCUUCGGCGGCAUCAUCAUGUUUGGGAGCUAUAACAAGUUCAAGAACCAAGUCUACUAUGAUUCUCUGAUCAUCUCCGUCAUGGACAUGGUCACCAGCAUCAUCGCUGGAUUCGUCGUCUUCACCACGCUAGGAGGGAUGGCCAAAACUGUGGGGACCACCGUGCCCAAAGUGGCCAAGGGAGGUUAUGGCCUGGCGUUUGUCGUGUACCCCGAGGCUCUGUCCAACCUUCCUCUACCCCAGCUGUGGUCGGCGCUCUUCUUCUUUAUGUUAUUUACCCUGGGCCUGGACUCGGAGUUCGGCCUGAUGGAGACUGUGAUGACGUGUAUACAGGACGAGAUCCCCAAGCUGAGGAACCACAAGAGCAUCAUGUCUAUUGUGAUGGGGGCCAUUCUUUUCUUGUGUGCUCUGCCAUGCACGUGUCCUCUGCUGUUCACGUACCGUAUGAUCAAUUACCACGCGCCGACCUACGACAACGAUGAGGAGUUCCCGGGCUUUGCCCAGGCCAUCGGCUGGGUCCUGUUGACCGUUGGUCUGUGUCCUGUACCUCUGUGGUUUGUGUGGAGGCUCAUACAGUCGUACCGGGACCCCGAGGUCUACUCCACGGAGGAGAGACUUCAGUACAUGUUCAGCCCGACCAAAGAAUGGGUGCCAAACGACGGCCAGGAUCGAUACCUUGUUCCUGACGGCACGGCCUACGGAUCCGGAUACGCCAUGUCGGCCAGAGGGGCAGACAACCCAGCCUUUGUCAUCGACAACAAGUACUGAUGACGUCAUUCCGAUGGAAGCGAAGAUGAUGUACAUGAUUGAGAAGUCGCCGCAUUUCCAAAUCCUUGUUGUUUUUUCCCCACAGUGGUCAUCUUAUAUCAUAUUAACCGCCAUAUUUUUAAAUCAGCUUUCAAGCAUUUAAAAUGAAUUUAAUUUUAAUCAAUUCUUUUUUUUAUGAAAGGGAAAACGAUGGAGCCAUAGAAUUAUGAAGGCUUUUACUUUUAGUGGCUGGCUAGUUUAAAUGUAAAAAAAUCCACACACACACACCUAAUUGGGGUGAGCGAUGUAAAAAAGACAGACGUUGGAUAAACUUUUUUUUCUUUUUUUUCCGUAAGUAUUUUACGGCAUUUACGGAUAAACUAUAAGUAAGGGAAUAUACUGCGUAUAUUUGAGAAGAGGUGAACUGCCUCUACAAACUUUAGAAUGGCUUGAGAAAGAGCGUCUUUGGCCAAUGCCAUCCAUGAGCCCAACCUUAUUUUUGGGGGCUCAAAAAAGUUUUUGUAAAAGUUUUACGGUACCUGCAACACAAUAAGUGUCGAGGUUAAGAGAGGUUACUAUUAGAUAGUAACAUACAAA